UGGCUGGCCCUAUUAUCAGACCAAGAAGAUCGGGAGCGGAGUAAACUCGAUACCUUAAAACCCUCUCAUCUCCAUUCCAAUUUCGCACUCAUUUCUGCGAUGGCGAUCUCCGAUGACUGUCGGCGAUCUCUCAUCCCCAACUUCCUAUACUCUUCUUCCGCCUCCUCUAAAACCCUAAUUCUCGAGAGAAUGACGAGUAACGCCUCCCCUGCGCCGUCGCUGUCCGGAAAUGACAUGUCGAUCUCGCCUCCCAAAAGUAACUUCCUCAUUCCUGCUCCCAAGGAGUCGGGAAAGAUUGAGUUGUAUUCUCCUCAGUUCUACGCCGCCUGUACGGUUGGUGGAAUUCUCAGCUGUGGUCUUACUCACAUGGCCGUUACUCCUCUUGACCUUGUCAAAUGUAACAUGCAGAUUGACCCUACAAAGUACAAGAGUAUCUCCUCUGGUUUUGGUGUGCUACUUAAGGAACAAGGUGUAAGAGGUUUCUUUAGAGGAUGGGUGCCUACACUACUUGGUUACAGUGCUCAGGGUGCCUGCAAGUUUGGCUUCUAUGAAUUUUUCAAGAAGUAUUAUUCUGAUAUUGCUGGGCCAGAAUAUGCAGCCAAGUAUAAGACUCUUAUAUACCUUGCUGGAUCAGCAUCAGCUGAAGUGAUAGCUGAUAUUGCCCUUUGUCCGUUCGAAGCAGUCAAAGUUCGAGUACAGACUCAACCUGGUUUUGCUAAAGGACUAUCCGACGGAUUGCCUAAAUUUGUUAGAUCUGAAGGUGCUGCCGGGUUAUACAAAGGGAUUGUUCCACUUUGGGGACGUCAGAUUCCAUAUACAAUGAUGAAGUUUGCUUCUUUUGAGACAAUUGUGGAGAUGAUCUACAAGCAUGCAAUUCCAGUGCCUAAAAGUGAAUGCAGCAAGCAAUUGCAGCUUGGUGUUAGCUUUGCUGGAGGUUAUGUUGCUGGUGUUCUAUGCGCUAUUGUGUCGCAUCCUGCUGAUAAUCUUGUCUCGUUCCUUAACAAUGCGAAAGGAGCCACUGUUGGCGAUGCUGUGAAGAAGAUUGGGGUGGUGGGUCUAUUUACAAGGGGGCUUCCUUUACGUAUUGUUAUGAUUGGGACCUUGACAGGAGCUCAAUGGGGACUUUACGAUGCUUUUAAAGUGUUUGUCGGACUGCCUACAACUGGUGGUGUUACUCCUCCCCCUGCUGCUGUUGCUGAGCUAGUUAAGGCAUAGAUGAUGGAGUUGUUCCUAUUUUACAGGACUCGUGGUCCAACAGAGAUCAGUAUCACUGCUCUGCAGUUGAGAAUAUUCUCCUUUUUUGUAUUGAGAACUCUUUUUUUUUGUAAUUUGAUAGAUGGUUUUGAACUCAUCAUCCUUGGAAUAUUGUUGUUUGUUGGAUACAAAAUCAUAAUUAAAUGCAGCUACAGUUGCAGGAUAAUAUGAAAAUAUCUCUACCCAUGUUGAGAAAAAUGAAAUGCCCUUAUUAAUUCCCUU